AUGGCGUUCCAGCAGUUCCAAUACGUCCCCUUUGCUGAAAACAGCCACGACAGCGCCCAGAUCAGCUAUCCUCCGUCGUACCCCAGCAGAACGGUGUAUUUGGGCAACAUCCCUGCCGACAUGGAGGCCCACGAGCUGCUCGACCACGUCCGUUCCGGCACCGUGGAGUCUUUGAAAAUCGUGCCGUCCAAAAACUGCGCGUUCGUGUCGUUUCUGGACGAGAACUCUGCCAUGCUGUUCCACUCCGACGCCACCCUGAAACACCUCACGAUCGGCGGCCACGAGCUCAAGAUUGGCUGGGGCAGGCCCACGCCCGUGCAGCCCGUGGUGGCCUCGUGUGUCGCGCGCUACAACGCCACCAGAAACGUGUACCUGGGGAGUCUGGACCCGGGCGUGACCGAGCAGGAGCUGUUCGAUGACCUCAAGCACUACGGAGCCAUCGACACGAUCAAAAUCCUGCCCGAGAAGAAAAUCGCGUUUGCGCACUUUACCUCCAUUUUGGCGGCCAUCAAGUGCAUCCAGUCGCUGCCGCUGGUGGACAAGUACCGCGACAAAAAAGUGUUCUACGGCAAGGACAGGUGUGCGUUUGUCACCAAGACACAGCAACACAACGCGGCACAGUAUUUGGGACUGAACCCGAAUUGCGACAAUCUCGCCGCUCAGGUGGACAGAGACGCCAUUGCCGACACGCUGGUGCGCCAGAGCAACGCUGCAGCCAUCAUCGCCACGUCGGCAGGCGGCCAGGGCAACCAGGGCAACCGCACAAUCUACCUGGGCAACUUGCACCCAGACUCGACCGUCGAGGAGAUCUGCAACGUGUGCAGGGGCGGCAUCCUACACCACGUCCGGCUGAUCCCUGAGCGGCACGUGUGCUUCAUCACGUUUAUAGACCCGGUGUCUGCUGCGCAGUUCUACGCCAUGUCGUCGCUGCACGGGCUCGUGAUCCACAACCGCAAGAUCAAGGUCGGCUGGGGCAAGCAUUCGGGGCCUCUGCCGAACUCGAUCAACCUGGCCGUCGGCAACGGCGCGUCGCGCAACAUCUACAUCGGCGGGCUCGACAAGAUCCCGGAGAUCAAGUUCACCAAGGAAAAAUUGUACAACGAUUUUAAGGUGUUUGGCGAGACCGAGCAGAUCAAUUUCUACGACGAAAAACACUGCUGUUUCGUCAACUUCACCAAUAUCUCCAGCGCAAUCAAGGCAAUCGACGGCAUCAGAAACAACCCGGACUACAGAAAGUGCAAGAUCAACUUUGGCAAGGACCGCUGCGGCAACGCGCCGCGCAACUUCCAGGGCCCGCAGGGCCUGCCGUUCAUGUCUGGCCAGGUGGUGAACGACAUCACAGGACAGCAGUUUGGCGACUACAGCGACGACGAGGACGAGCCGCCACGGCCAGCGGGCGCGUCGCUCGACGCAGAAAACCCAAUGGGUAUUUUCCGAAAGCAGAAUUAA